AUGCAGCAAGCGGAACAAUUGACCACAGAGGCCAUGCCCGUCACUGCCGGCAAAGCACGCUUGCAGAAUCAAGCUCAUCGUAAUGACGUCGUCUGGACUGUGGGGAACCACAUGGCGAGAUGGAAACUGGGGUCUUCCCGCACCGUGGAACGGCCAUUCUGCAUGUCACCGAGUUUGCUGGAUGCGGCAGUCCGUCAUGCUGAGGGAUCGACUGCCCUUGAGGAGCUAGUGUGCGUCAGUCUUGUUGCAGUCCUGCCUCAGCUAUUAUCCUUAAUACCAUUGUGA